AUGCCCCAGACCCUGCGGCCUGAAACAGGAGACGCCGCCGCAGUGAGCAGCCAGCGCGCCACAGCCAGAGAGGAGAGCGCCAUCACCGCCGCGGCCGACCGCCCGGGCGCAGCGGCGAAGGCCCGCAGAAGCCAGAGACGCAGUAACAUGCUCCAAAAGGCCAGGGAAGCAGCCACUGCUGCAGCUGCUUCCAAGGUCUUCGCUGAUACCAUCACGCCCUUACUCCCACACCCAUUUCAGAGUUUCCUCAUUCUCUUUGGCUUAUUUUUGCUCAUGUGGCAAAUGCCACCUUUACUCAAAAGGAUAACCCUGAGCAAGCAAUCCACUGAUCCUAGAGUCCAGCUUCUCUGCCCCCUGCUCCCCUCCCCACCCCCCGGGAUGAAGUGGCCCCCUCUUCUGACCUUCCUGUGCCUCCUGGCGGCCCCGGCUGGCGGGAACCUGGUCCAGUUCGGGGUGAUGAUCGAGAGGGUGACCGGGAGGCCUGCGCUGCAGUACAACGACUACGGCUGCUACUGCGGCGUCGGUGGCUCCGGCUGGCCGGUGGACAAGACAGACUGGUGCUGCUACGCCCAUGACUGCUGCUACGGACGCCUGGAGAAGCUGGGCUGCGAGCCCAAAAUGGAGAGGUACCUCUUCUCCGCCACCAGGCACAGCAUCUUCUGCGCCGGCAGAACCAGCUGCCAGCGACGGACCUGCGAGUGUGACAAGAAGGCCGCGCUCUGCUUUCGCCGCAACCUGGGCACCUACGACCGCAAAUACGCCCAUUACCCUAACAGGCUGUGCACCGGGCCCACCCCGCCCUGCUAA